CGCUCUCCUAUGUCCUCCGCGAGUGUCUGGCGAAGCGGCACAUGCGCGUUUCAAUCAGUUUCCCGGGACGUUUCAUACAUGUGGCUCGGGCGGUGUUCCUGGUGGCGCUGCCUGUGUCUUGCAAACUCUGGUGUUUCCGCAGCUUGCAGUGGAGGGCGCGGCUCCGGUUGCUCCGUAUGUAGUAGGCGCCUCAGUUUUCUCCACAAGCCCUCUCGAAAGAGGUGGAGAGAGAGGCGGCCAGGAGCCCCGUGGGGACAGCCCGACAACCUGAAGCUGCUCGGGGGGAGCCUCGGAGCGCCGUCACAGCUUUUCCGGGUCUCCGCCGUUCCCUUGGUGGCCCAGUCGCGCUCCUGCCUAAGUUCUCGCGGCGGCGGCGGCAGCAGCAGCAGCAGCCCCGACCAUGUGGGCGAGAUGUGCGGUGAGGCCGCCUUGGACGCUUGUCAGAGGAGGCAUUUCCUCCGAGGAGGGGGAGAACCCGGGAAGCAGAGCUGGGCCUCUUACCUGCGAGGGGACCACCCGGCCUUUGGGCCUCUGGGGGUGGCGCUGAAGAAGAACCUGGCUGCGCAGUGGUGGGAGUCCGUGGUGGUGUUUAGGGAGCAAGUGCUGGGCGUGGAGGCCCCGGCUUGCCUCGUGUCUGGUGCUGGCGAAGGGCCGCUGGGGGAGGCCCUGCGCGUGGUGCAUCCCCGUGCCCUCGAGGAGGCCGAGUCGGACGGAGAGCAGCCGGCAGCUGUCUUGCAGAAAACGUUAGCGCAGUCUGGGAUGCUUCGGGAAAGCCUUCUUCACGGUGCUUUGGAGCAUUAUGUUGAAUGUCUGGAAUUGGUAAACAAGAGACUGCCUUUUGGACUUGCUCAAAUAGGAGUAUGUUUUCAUCCAAAUGACAAAAAUCCCCUGAGAACAGGUGAAAGGACAAUGGCCUCACUUGUUUGGUACAGCUCUGCCAGAACGGCUGGACAAUGGCUUGACUAUUGGUUACGUCAUCGGCUCCAGUGGUGGAGAAAGUUUGCAAUAAGCCCCUCCAACUUCAGCAGUGGCAGCCACAAUGAAGAAGGACGAAGAGGAAACAAUCUGUACUAUAAUUUUCCCUGGGGGAAGGAAACAAUAGAAACUCUGCGACUUCUGGGAGACAAUGAACUAUUACAAAUGUAUCCAGGAAGAGUAUCAAGAUUGCAUGGUCGAGAUGGGCGAAAGCAUGUUGUUCCUCACAUCCUCUCUGUGAGUGGCAAUUUGGACAGUGGAGUAUUAGCAUAUCUCUGUGAUAGCAUGCAAGUGACUGAAAAUGGUUUGACAAAAAAGAAAGCUCUGCAGAGAAAGGUCCUUAAGCUUCACCCAUGUUUGGCACCCAUCAAAGUAGCUUUGGAUGUUGGAAGGGGCCCAGCAAUAGAUUUGAGGCAGGUGUGCCAAGGAUUGUUCAAGGAGUUGUUAGAAAACGGGAUUUCCGUUUGGCCUGGCUAUCUUGAAACCAUGCAAUCCUCUUUGGAGCAGCUUUAUACAAAGUACGAUGAAAUGGGUGUGCUCUUCACGGCCCUGAUCAGCGAUGCCACACUAGAGAAUGGGCUGGUGCAGCUGCGAAGCAGAGAUACGACUUUGAAAGAAAUGAUGCAUAUAUCUAGAUUAACGGACUUCUUAAUCAAGUAUAUGUCUGCAGCUAAAAAUAGUUGAAUUUUUAAAAUAAAGGCAUUUUGGUAUCUUC